UCGCUUCCUCGCACCAACCAAAACCAAACAUGUCCGCAAACUAUAUGCGUCUGCUCUGCCUGAUGGCCUGCUGCCUCUCCAUCUGCCUGGCUUACGGACCCGUCAGACCCAUCGUCAAUCGUUAUGGUAGGGGUCGUGUUAUCGACGUUGUCAAGCCCGUCGACACCGCUGAGGCUCAGGCUGCUGCUCUGACCAAUGCUGCUGGUGCUGCUGCCGCCUCGGCCAAAUUGGAUGGUGCCAAUUGGUAUGCAUUGAACCGUUAUGGCUGGGAGCAGGGCCGUCCUCUGCUGUCCAAGCCUUAUGGCCCUCUGGACAAGCUCUAUGCCGCUGCAUUGCCACCACGCUCGUUCGUUGCUGAGAUCGAUCCAGUCUUCAAGAAGAGCAACUAUGGCGGUCUCUAUGGCGAUAAGACAAUCACUUUGAACACUGGUGCCAAACUGGCAGUGUCUGUUGCUUAAGUUCUCAUUUGGACCAACUAAAACCUGAAAAUCUUAAUAAAUAGUGAUAGUUUAAAGUGAAA